GCGAAAAGACGUGGGACCUGGUCACGAUGUGCGGUGUGCUGUUGGUUGUACCGCUGGCAAAGUGGUGGUGGUGGACCCACAGGUACGGUGGCAUGAGGUGUAGAGGUGAUGUAUGAUGACAGGACGUAGGGGUACGUUCUUUUUUCAUCUUUUUUGGAAUAUCCGGGGCUGUAAGUGUCGAGGCAUGUAAUGCACCGGUUGAGAGGUGGUGCACGUGCAAGCGUACCGGUGCGGUGAGUCUUGUUGUCGGCGAACUUGCGCAGAUGCGUUGCUGCAGAAAAGGCGGUAUAUAACCUGAAACCGACUUCAGCGGUCAAGAGCACAACGAAUUGUUAUCCCAGGCUACCGCGGCUACCACCAAAGCGACGAUCUUUAAGCAUACACCGGUGUACUCCAGCACACCCUUUGCACCCCGGGCCCAAUAGCCGAGCACCAUCAAAUCACAAACACAUGUCUAGAGGAGGCUUUCAGAUCCACACCGCAACUCCAAUCCGCAAUCGGAAAAAAAUCGGAGUCACAUCCGCAGCCUGGGCACGCGACCACACCCACGCCAGCACAAGUCAAAUGUUCGUGCCAACACCAUAUGACUGCACCACGCCCCCAUGGCUGUCGCAAACCAGCCCUUUUCCGAAUUUCCCCGUGCAGCAAACAUCGACCAACACUUUGCCGGCUUCGCAUUUCGCGCCAGACCCACGUCUCCCACGACCAGCGCCUCGUGAACAGGGCCUGCAAGAUGACUUGUUCUAUGCAUUCACACGAGACGCCUACUUAUCAAGUGAGACAACCGCCGCGAAAGAGGUAGCACGACAUUUGCAACCAUAUUAUCCUCCAACAGAGAAGACAAAUCGUACAUUACCUUUACCAAGGUACACCAACCAAGGACAUAACCACAACAACUUGCAAUUCUUCACACCCUUCACGCCCUUCACACCACUCACACCUACGAUACCAAACGCCUUCAACAUGGAGGUCACAAGCAGACCACUCCCAUCACUACUACCUCAGUCCGCCCCCAUGGCUAUGGCAUCGAAACCAGCAAAUGCUGCUCCGUGGUCAUUUCCCAACCUCAAGAAGAGGCGCCGUCGUCGAGCAAGCCAAAUCUUCAACAUGAACUUCAGCUUUGGCUUUGGGUCUCGACGAAAGAGUCAAGACCACUCGCCUGACAUCAGUCCGCGAACAUCCAUAUCAUCGGCAUCAGGCUCCCCGAGAUCAGAGGUAGAGCAAAGCUCCAAGAGACAGAGAAUCGAUUCGAGAGUGUCAGAUGCAGAGGCGGUAUUCUCACCCAACAAGAGCAUCAAGAUUUCGGGACCCGAGAACACGCCAAUAGUCUUGUCGCGAUGUGACAGCACGGGUGAAGUGCACCCAGGCCAACUCGUCGACUUCACCAGCAAACCCGUUCCCAUCGCGCCGGAGCCGAUUGUGAUUCCUGCUCCUGUACGCAGAAGCCCGGCAAGCGAGUUCGAGCUUCGCUUAAGCAGCGACACAUAUCACGAUCACCUGGCCACCUCUCAACGACGGAAAUCCUUCCCUGCUGGCGAAUGGGCACCAAAACGGGUCCGUGAUGAGGUUCAGAUGCUGCAUAAGCUAGAGAAGCUCGAGAAGCUCGACACCAAAGUCGAGGAUCCUUUCAAGAGAUUCAGGGAAUCUGCAAGGAAGAGGAUAUGCACAGUGGAACGGAAGACCAAGGCUUCGGCAACCACUUCUUCCACCACCACGGCGCCAACACCAAGCAUGGUUAAUGCAUCAAGUGUGCCAUGCGAACUCCGCCGCACACCAAGCGAUCCAAGCACUGAGGCUUUCCUUACACACGUCCGUGCAAGUCUCGAAGCGAGGAAGAGGGAGAACAAGACGGGAGAACGCUGGCGUUCAUAUCCCGUGUUUGCCGACGAAGUCGAGAAGGGUUUUCUCGAUGACGCACCGCUAUGACGGUGAUAUGUAUAACAUUUAUGAGACCGCGAUCGGCGGCUGGCCGUUUGGAUGACUUGCAUAUCGGAAUUGGCGUUUUGAGGGCGGAUACCCGUAGUAUAUCCACAUUUUAGCGCGCAUAUAUACCCUGAGCUCAGUUGGUCAACUGAGCUCCUGACGAAUGAAUUAAUACUACUAUUACCACAACAUGAC